AUGCUGUCCACUCUCGCCAUCAAGGACACCACCAAGGACGCCUGGGAUGCGAUCAAGACGAUGCGCAUCGGUGUCGAGUGUGUCAUUCUAGAACGUCUCCAGCAGGUUGCCAUCUUCAUGAAGACCCUUCUUGAUCUGAGCAAGAUCUCGAUCGAGGAGGUGACAGACCGCCUGUGCGCUGUGGAGCAGAGGUACAAGCUCAGCUCUUCAAGCGGCAAUGGCUGGCAGAAGCUACUCCUCACUGAGGAGGAGUGGCUAGCUUACAUGAAGAAGCACGAUGGCGAGGGAGGAUCCAGUAGCGGUGGCAAUGGCGGCUCCCAUCAUCACCAUGGCAAGAACCACGAGCGCGAUCAUGACAAUAGGCUACGUGAUGGUAACACCAUCAUGCCUGGCCCAAGAGGUGGUCGGGACAAAUGUGGAAACUAUAAAAAAUUUGAACAUUGGACCAAGGAUUGCCAUAGCAAGCCCAAGCAGGCUGAGACCUACCCGACACAGGGCAACGACGAUGAGCCCACGCUUUUGAUGGCUAAGGCUUGUGUCGCAUCACCCGCCACAUCCACUCCGUGGUUGGUCGAGGCAAAGAUCGACUCCGGAAUUCGAGGCACCAUCAAGUUUGGCAAUGGCUCCAUCGUCGACAUCGAGGGGCACAGCACGAUCUUGUUCACCUGCAAGACCGGCGAGCACCGCGUGCUCAUGGGGGUGUACUUCAUUCCUCAACUCACCACCAACAUCAUAUCAUCGACCAGCUUAAUGAGAACGACUGCUAGGUGCUAG